UCUUGACAAAAGGCAGUCUCGUUUUUAUUUUUAUUUUUAUUUAUUAUUUUUUGAUUUGGGUGGGAAAAACAGGAAGAACGGGCGAUGGAGGUCUUCUUAUGGCGGCCUUCCGAUUCAAAUUCCUUCAACGGCGGAGAUUUUCUCUUACUGGGGUUUGGAUGCUCAAGGCAGAGCUAAUUGAUUGGAAGCAUGGGCAAUCUUUAGCUGGAGAAUCAGAUACCGGUGGUUGAGUUGUUGUUACUGUUGUUCAUGUGGUGGGUGAAUUUCCCAAAGGCUUGAGUAAAAAGGAGAGACAGAGACAAAGAAGAAAGAAGAACAAUGUCGGAAUGCAAUCGGGAUGAGGCCACAAGGGCCAAGGAAAUCGCUGAGCGGAAGUUCACAGCAAAGGACAUUGCGGCGGCCAAGAAGUUCGCUCUCAAAGCCCACAAUCUGUACCCCACACUCGAGGGUCUCUCGCAAAUGAUAGCAACUUUCGACGUCUACCUUGCAUCGGAAAACAAGAUAAGUGGGGAAGUUGAUUGGUAUGCUAUUCUCAAUGUGAAUGCCAAUGCCGAUGAUGAUACAGUGAAGAAACAGUACCGAAAGCUCGCUCUCACACUCCACCCAGAUAAGAACAAAUCCAUCGGUGCCGAGGGGGCUUUCAAGCUUCUUUCUGAGGCUUGGAGUGUGUUGUCGGAUAAGACUAGGAGAUCCACAUACGACCAGAAGAGGAACAACGUGAAGGCACACCAACAGAAAGCUCAGCAGCAAAACAAAAACUCGUCCGCUCCUAACGCUAAUGGUUUUGGCAAUUUUGCCAAAACUGGUACAGCUUCGAAUGCGAGGCCUCCGAAGAAUGCAGCCCGCACGACCCCCACUGCAGCCCCCACUCCAUCACGGCCGGUGAAACCCAAUACUUUUUGGACUGCGUGCAACCGGUGCAAGAUGCAAUAUGAGUACCUUCGCGUGUAUCUCAAUCACAAUCUUCUGUGUCCCAAUUGCCACGAACCCUUUUUGGCUGUGGAGACGGCGACACCGUCGAAUGGUUCCAAUGCCUCCGUUACCUUUUCUUUUCCCCAGCAGCGGCAACAGAAUGCAAACAAGAAUGCUCAUGCCGUGGGUAGAAAUACAUCUGCUGUUCCGAAUGUGGGAUACACGCACCACACGAACUUCCAGUGGGGCCCAUUCUCUAGAACUGCCGGCGUUGCGAGCGCGACUGCCUCAUCUUCUGCCGCAGCUCAAGCCGCUAAUGUGGUUCACCAUACAUAUGAGAAAGUGAGAAGAGAGCGUGAGGAGGCUCAGGCGGCAGCUAGAAAAGAGGAGUCCCACCGGAGGAAGGGUUCUAGGAGGCAAGCAAGCGGCUCCGUUGCAGUGCCCCAUUCUAAUGCUGCUUCUAGUGGUACUGUAGUUGAUCGAGAGCGUCCCGUUUCAAGAGCAGAGAGGGUUGCAAAGAGAAGAAGAGGCAUAGAAGAAGAUGCAGAUGGCUUAAUCCGGGAUCAAUCAUUGUUCGAGACACGAACUUCGUUAAUGGAGAAAGCUAGGAUGGAAAUACGCAAGAAGUUGAAUGAAUGGAGUUUGGCUGCUGCUGCCAAAGUUGCAGAAAAAGAAAAGGCAACAGCGACAAUAAAUGUUGACGCUUGUCAUCCAAAAAUAUCAGACGCAGCCUUGAACAACAAGGAACCUAAGAAGGCUGCUGAUUCAAAUACAGCACCCCGCCAACCAUUAUCGAUAGUUGUUCCCAAUCCGGACUUCCAUGAGUUUGAUAAUGAUCGGACGGGAGCAUCCUUUGAAGCCAGCCAGGUGUGGGCUGCAUAUGACGACGACGAUGGGAUGCCCCGUUUCUAUGCCUUGAUUCACAAAGUGGUUUCUCUGAAACCCUUCAAGAUGCGUUUUAGCUGGCUCAACUCCAAAACAAACAGUGAGCUGGGCCCACUGAACUGGGUUGCUUCUGGUUUCACCAAGACCUGCGGGGAGUUCCGGGUGGGCCGCUAUGAACUCAACAACAAUGUCAACAUCUUCUCCCACAAGGUUAGGUGGGAGAAGGGCACACGGGGGGUCGUGAAGAUCAUGCCGAAGAAGGGCGACAUUUGGGCUCUUUAUAGGCACUGGUCACCAGAUUGGAGUGAGACUACGCCGGAUGCAGUGAUACACAAGUACGACAUGGUGGAGGUGCUCGAAGAUUACAGUGAAGAGGGCGUGUCCGUCACCCCCUUAGUUAAGGUUGCUGGUUUCAAGACGGUUUUCUGCCAGCACCCUGACCCUUCAAUGGUUACAAGGAUACCGAGGGAAGAGAUGUUCAGGUUUUCGCAUCAGGUCCCAUCUUGGUUGCUUACGGGCGAAGAAGCUGAAAAUGCUCCAAAGGGGUGCCGUGAGCUUGACCCCGCAGCUACUCCUUUGGAAUUACUUCAGAUAAUAACAGAAACCAAAGAAGAGAAGCGGGUGGAGAAUACCAUACUUCUUCAUCAGGUAGUAACAGAACCUAAGGAAGCGAAGGUGGUGGAGAAUACCGUACUUCUUCAUCAGGUAGUAACAGAACCUAAGGAACCGAAGGUGGUGGAGAGUGCUGAACAUCUUCAGGUAGAGUCAGAGAUUACCGCGCAUCUUCAGGUAGAGUCAGAGAUUACUGCACAUCUUCAGGUAAAGACAGAGAUUAAGGAAGAGAAGGUGGUGGAGAAUACCAAACUUCUUCCAGUAGAGGUAGAUAUUAUGGAAGAGGUGGUUGAAAAUGCCGAACUUCCUCAGGUAAUAACGCAAUUGAAGGAAGAGAAGGUGGUGGAAAUCAAAGAAGAGAAGGCAGUGGAGACUGCCGAACGACAACAAUAACAGCCUAUUAUCUGGGGCCCUGACCCGAAUGGAAGACGAACACCUUCCUCGCAUUGAAUGAUUAGCUUCUUGGCAUAAAAGUCAGAAAGCGGCCUGUUCCAGCAGUUUCCUCUUUUGGGUUUUCAUGGCCAUUGCAUUAUCUUCUCCUUUUACCGACAACAUGGAUUCUGAUGUUGGGAUCCAAGCUGCCGUCAGGACAUUUGCGUCAAGCAGGCCUUCUUCUAACCUCAAUUUUGUAAGGCAAAGUUGCAUGGUUCUUGGGAGGCAGCUGUGGAGGCCAUGAAAGCGUGCGGGUGUGUGUUAUCAUGGCGGACAUGUUUCCUCCCUAACAAUCAGCAAGGCGAGUGCAUCCGCCUCUCAACAAGAGCGGUCUUCCUUUGGAAGGACCGUGUUCUAUCCGUUGCAGCUAAUAGUCGAUCCAGCCAAUGCACAAGCUGGUAAUCAUUCUCAUGUAUCUUACAAUGUUUACUAGCCGAAAUUUCUUCUUUGUUAUUCCUCUACUGUGAGGCAAUUACAUCUUCUUUUCAAUGCUUGUCGACUUCUAUUUUGUUGGUUCUGAUUACAGAUCCAAAACUAUAGUGCAGAUUAUAAUUUGAUGUUGAUCAAUUACUCUA